UCAGAAUGUUGGCCUAUCACUCAGAUUUCAUGACAGAUCUUAUGCUCAUCUAAGUGUUAAGUUUAGACCCCCUUGUGGGGCAACAAACAGAAGGGAUUUAAUCUUGAAAACUGAGAACCAAGUAUUCAAAAAUGUUGUUUCUUUUCUGUCUGAUAAAAUGCUGUGAUGGAUUAGGAUAAAUCUAGAUAUUAACCCCCAUAUUGGCACAAGCAGCUCUGUUCAUGCACAAAAAGGCCAACACCAGGGUUACUCCGCCCACCAUCGGUGUCACACUGAGUCCAAAAGUGUCAAUGAGCAAAUCAGCGUGGACAGAGGCUAGGGGGCAUCAGAGCACUCUGGACAGUGAGCAGGAGUUCUCUGUCAUACCAGACAUCAAGAGAGAAAAAAAAGUGAAGCGUCUGAAUUUUAUCAGCGGGGUUUCAAUGCAAAUACAGUUUUCUUACAGGGUGACGUAAAAGUUUGACCUGGACAGAGUCGUGCGUAAAAGUUUAUUUUUCCAGAAAAUGCGCUGCUUCUCCGAGCCGUGCGCUCCUGGCGAGAUCGCACAAGCCUUUUCAACAAGGGUAGGAGAUGCGACGCCCCACGCCACUACUAUCUUGGCAGGACCAUCUCUGUUCUCAGCCGUCGCCUUAUCCUCCCGAGGAUCAGCAGAUCUGAGUGUGAAUGCCAUCGCAGACCCGGUGAGUCGCAGCCGGUCGCACCCGGAGCAGACUUCCGUUUUGUGCCGGCCUGCGGAAACUUUUGCGGGAGGAGAAAUGUCCGAAGAUGAUCCGAAACUUUAUCUGGAAGAAAAUGACCUUUGGAGAGAGUUCCACAAAUGCGGGACGGAAAUGGUUAUAACGAAAUCCGGGAGGCGCAUGUUUCCGCCGCUCAGAGCAAGGUGCACAUCGAUGGACAGGAAAGCAAAAUACAUCCUUCUCAUGGACAUCGUGGCGGCUGACGACUGCAGGUACAAAUUUCAUAACUCCCGCUGGAUGGUGGCGGGGAAGGCGGACCCGGAGAUGCCCAAACGCAUGUACAUCCACCCGGACAGUCCGGCCACGGGCGAGCAGUGGAUGUCCAAAGUGGUCAACUUCCACAAACUGAAACUGACUAACAACAUGUCGGAUAAGCAUGGAUUUACUAUUCUCAACUCGAUGCACAAAUAUCAGCCCAGAUUUCACAUAGUGAAGGCAAAUGACAUCGUGAAACUGCCUUACAGCACCUUCCGGACUUAUGUCUUCUCUGAGACUGAAUUCAUCGCAGUGACAGCUUACCAAAACGACAAGAUCACGCAGCUGAAAAUAGACAACAACCCGUUCGCGAAGGGAUUCCGGGACACGGGCAACGGGAGGAGAGAGAAGAGGAAGCUUCAACAUUCACCUGUAAAGACUGAAGAGACACAGGUGACUGAGAGGGAAUCUGAACCUGUCAGAGACUCCAAAUCUUCAGAUUCUCAUGAGAGUGACUCUGACAAAGACAACAACGCUGAGGACAAUCCUGACCACGUGGAGCACCAAACCCUCAAAGAAACAAGACUUAAUCCAGUAACAGAGAGAAGCGUACAGACUCCCCUCCCUCCAGAGACAGAUGUGGACCCCGGUCAGAGCCGGGGCACUUCUUCACUAAGGGACGCAGCGGGUUGCUGUUGGCCACAAUACUCCGAGGAGGAUCCGUUUUGUAAACUGUGCCGCACUUUUCCAUGCAGCUCUGUUUAUACACCCAAAUCUGGCAGACAUCUGCAGGACCCACGUUGCCCAUCCAGCCUUCUCUACUCUGCUCAGGUAAACACCUGGAACAGCUGUGCCACCAUGGAGAAAGCACUGCCAUGUGGCCUGAGCCUGAAAGCACCUGUAAGGACUCCAGGGACUCAAGGGUUCCCCACCAAUCCUCCACAGCACCCGCUGGUUCAGGACCUGGUGAGCUUUUCUCAGUUUGGAGGCUUUCUGUUUUAUCCCUACUCAAGCUUCACUGCAGCAUCAGCUCCGUAUCUCUUCCCAACGUUGCGGCCCGGAGUGGAUUUCCGAGCGCCUUCGAGUGUCCACAGCCGGGACUCCUUCAGCUCUCCUGUGAUGUCGUCUGUUCCCUCUGUGGGUGCUGGUGGACUGAAAUAUUUCACCCCUGAUUUCCUCAUCUUACCCAACACAGACCAGAAGAACUCAGUAAGCGAAGCUGAAGCGGACUGCAGAGAGGAGGCGGAGUCACAAACAGAGGGAGAUACUGUCUUGUGACUGUUAUGGCUGCCCCUGCAUGGUGUCUGCCCCCCCCCCCCAUCUCCUACCCCAUGAUGACUGCUAAGGCCGUCCUUCUGAG